CCGCCGCUUCGGACAAAAAGGUUGAUGCGGAUGCAUCAUCCAUCCCCCUUGAAAGCCCUAGCCAUCCUGCGUCUCUACCAAGAGGAAUGGUGAAAAUUACAAUCUGUAUCAACCUUUGUCCUAGGCGGUUGAAAUUUAUCAACAUAUUGCAAAAUGAUAUCAAAACAUUGAACUUUAUCCAUGUAAUCAAUGAAUCUCCGGAUUAUUUUAACUAUGGAGAUGUUUUAAGAUACAUUUUCAUUAUUUCACCAAAAGACCGUGUGUUGGAGUUACGAGCUCUUCGUAUGUUAGCAACGAAUGAUAAUAUUUGA